AUGCCUCGUUGGUCCGUUCAAAUGUAUUGGUUUCGAUUUAGAGAAGCCAUCUUAUAUCACAUUCGUAUGAUAUGCAUGCUUGCUGUCUAUCUCUGGAGCCUUUGUUCCUAUUCAUUUCGAAUUGUGCGUUACAAUAUCGUUCCACUUUCUCCUAUUUCAAAACUACAGUUAUGCUUGCGAAGACGUAAGAUUAUGGUGAUUGACUUAGAUGAGACGUUGAUACAUUCCGUGCUUGACGGCAUGUCGCGUCCAACUGUUCGAUCUGGCACCCCACCAGAUUUCGUACUGAAGGUCGACAUUGACCACCACCCAGUUCGCUUCUCUGUGCACAAGCGCCCUCAUGUUGAUUACUUCCUCGAUAUAAUUAGCCAGUGGUACGAGUUGGUUGUUUUCACUGCGAGUUUGGAGAUUUAUGGCGCUGGAGUCGCAGACCACUUGGAUAACGGCCGACACAUAUUCCAACGACGCUUUUAUCGACAGCACUGUCUUUAUGACAGCGGGAGUUACUCUAAAGACCUCUCUCGUAUCUCCUCUGACCUCUCGUCAAUUUUUAUUCUUGAUAACUCUCCCGGUGCCUACCGCUCAUUCCCUGAUAAUGCAAUCCCCAUCCGGUCGUGGUUUUCGGACUCGCACGAUACAGCCCUCCUCUGUCUUCUCCCGGUGCUGGACGCCCUUCGUUUUGUGACAGAUGUGCGCUCAGUCCUAAGUCGAAAUUUUUUUGCCUCAGAGAUGACGAUAUAA